AUGCAGUCUGGUGCGACUGUAGUACCCGUGGCGAAUUUGAACGCGAACGAAGAUGCAAACGAGUUGGAAAAAGCAAUGAAGGGUUUCGGCACAAAUGAGCAGAAAAUAACAGAAAUCUUUGCAAACCGCACAGUUAACCAAAGAAGGGAAAUCGCAAAGGCGUAUAAAGCUGCUUAUGGAAGGGAUCUUCAACAACGCUUUCAAAAGGAACUCAGCGGCGAUUUUCGUCGAGUUAUUCUCUACUCUUUUCACGAUAAGUGCCACGUCAAUGCUAGAGCCUGCUAUAGAGCCAUUAAAGGAGCUGGAACUGAUGAACAAAUCCUUAUUGAUGUUAUUUGCACAUCUGAUAAUUUGGAAAUAAGUGAAUUAAAGAAGGCUUAUAAAAAGAUACUUCUGGAAGAGAGACAAAACGCUGUGAAGCGUAGCCUAGAAACCGAUGUGAAAGAGGACGUAAGUGGAGAUCUCCAAUUUGUUCUGGUUGCUAUCUUACAAGGCAAACGCGAGACUACGUUGAAUGAAGCUCAAGUUCGGGAAGAUGCGGAAGCGUUCUAUAAUAGUGGUGUAAAGAAAUUAGGGACGGAUGAAUCAGUAUUUACUCGAAUUUUGGUUACUCGAAGUUUCAAAUCAAUCCGCGCAAUAAAUAAAGCUUACAAAGAGUUGGCUGGCCAUGACUUACUCAAGGCGAUAGAGAAGGAGACUUCUGGGGAUUAUAAGCGCUCCUUAAUUACUAUUGUAAAGACAGCUAUUAAUAAAAAUGAGUGCAUUGCGGAUAUCCUUUUUAACAGUAUGGCUGGAACGGGAACUCAUGAUGAAAAUCUGACUCGAGUUAUCAUGGCGCACCAAUUCGCACAAAAAUUAUUCUUGGCUUCACGUCAACACGUCUUCUUCUUCUUCUCCUUGACUUCAUUAAUGGCCACCGUUCAUGCUAGCCCCGACUUCAAUCCCCAAGCGGACUCUGAGGUGCUAUACACGGCAAUGAAGGGACUUGGAACUGAUGAGAAAGCGAUUAUUGAUUUGCUUUCUCACCGAUCCCUUGAACAAAGACAACAAAUUGCAAAGACUUUUCAGGCAACAUACGGUCAGAAUCUUCUGGAUCAGCUUCACAAGGAACUGAGUGGUUUCUUUCGUUUGGCUGUAUUCUAUUCUUUCUUCGAUAAGGCUCACGUUAAUGCCUGGGCUCUCUAUCGAGCCAUGAAGGGCCUUGGCACCGAUGAAAAGGUCCUGAUUCAUGUUCUCUGCUCAAGUACUAACGAGGAGAUUCUUGAACUCAAAGCCGCCUAUAGAGAUGUUCUCGCAGCAGAACGCCAAAAUCUUGCUAGACGAUCUCUGGAGCAGGAUGUUAUCGAUGAUGUGAGUGGAGAUUUUGAGCGUGUUUUGGUUGCUCUUUUGCAAGCUAAACGUCGGCAAACAUUUGACAAGGAAGAUGCUGUCCAGGAUUGCGAAACUUUAUACAAAUCUGGAGAGGGACGACGUGGUACUGAUGAAUCCCAAUUUACUCGAGUUUUCGUUACCUGUCCGUGGGAAGAACUUGUUGCAAUUGCAACCAUCUACCUCGAGGCUGUCGGAAACGAUCUUUUCACUGCUAUUGAAAAGGAAACCUCAGGAGACUAUCGUGAUGCUCUGAUCACAAUUUUGAAAGCGGCCCUUAACAGGGAUCGAUUUUAUGCGGAGGUCCUCUACAAAUCUAUGGAGGGAGCAGGAACCCAUGAUGAGGACCUUGUUCGAAUGAUUAUGGCCCAUUGCAAUACUGACUUGGCACGCAUUAAGGAACAAUUCGCACAAAUGUAUCAAAUGGAGCUGGAGGAAAUGGUCAAGGAUGAAUUAACAGGGUAUGAUUUAUCCCGCGAAUUUAGAAAAUUCUUUACUUCGGAUGAAUUUUCGAGUUUCGAAGAACUAUCAGAGCGACUGCGUCAAUUCGAAGUGGCAACUGGAGCCCUCUAUGUAAAACUCAAUUCAAGGAGAUUUCCAGAAGGUCAUCCUAUGCGGGAUUCAUUAGUUUAUAGCAAUUUGAAGUAUGUUUGUUAUCAUUAUGGAACCUGUGUCAGUUGUGCAACUAAACGUGUCAAUCAGCGAACAUCAAAGCUAGGUUGCAGCUCCCAGAUCUAUUUGAAUUACUCAAAUGGUCAUUUACGAAUCACCAGUUAUGAUAUGCGACAUAAUCAUCCUGUGACACCAGAAUCUGCGAAAAUGUAUCCACGUAAUAGGCGGCUUGAAGAGCAUGAACAGAAAAUUGUGGAUGAACUCUUAAGGCUGCCUUAUGAUAAUGGCUUAGUUGUGGAGAUAAUUAAAAAGCAAUUUGGAAAGUAUUGUACAAAGGCUGAUGUUAAGAAUAUGCGAAGUCGCUUAAGGCGCCGAUCAGAUAUUCCUCGAGUAAAUGUAAAACACGAGGAUACUAAAGACAAUUUGGAGUCGAUUCUUCAAGAAAUCAAGGAAGUUGCAGAGGCAUCUAGUGAGGAACUGUUGGCACAAAACCUGGCCGUAUUGAAGGAUGUUUUGGCUUCUUGGAAACAAGGGCAGGUUGCCAUUUCGUCCGCAAACCGGUCUCCCCCGGAACCGAAUUCUUCUUCCUAUCAAAGUGUUUUUACUGACGAUCCCAACGACCUAAUGAUCGAUUAUAAUUCACCGCCCUAUCUCAUACCAGAUGAUACACAAUAG